AUUGUGGGAGAGAAACAUGGGCGCUGCUCCCGUGCGCCGUGGCCGUUGUUACUGGGGGCCGUAGCCGUUCGCAGGGAGGGAGAGAGAGCGAGGCGGACAGCUAUGGUGUGAGGCGAAACAACAUGUCGGACCUGCUGCUGAAAGAGAUGGACGAAGUGCCGCUUUCUGAGCCGAAAAAAGCGGCCAGGGAGAAGGACGUCGUGGAGCCGGAGGAGGAGGAGGGGAACGGGCUGAGUUUCCUUCUGGUGGACGAGCAGGAGAACCUGCAGGUCCACGAUGAGACGGAAUUCCUAGAGAAGCUGUCCUGCGUCGAUGUCCCGAGCGUGAAGGUGCUGUCCAUCUUUGGCAACACUGGAGACGGAAAGUCCCACACACUAAACCACGUUCUCUUUGGAGGGAUGGAGGUGUUUCGCACCUCGAACCAGCAGACGUCCUGCACGGUCGGGGUGUGGGCAGCCUUUGACCCGGUCCUGAGGCUGGUGGUGCUGGACACAGAAGGUCUGCUGGGGGCAGCCAGCAACCAGAACCAGCGCAUGCGGCUGCUGCUGAAGGUGCUGGCGGUUUCGGAUGUGGUGGUGUACCGCACGCGUGCCGAGCGACUCCACAACGACAUGUUCCAGUUCCUGGGCAGCGCCUCGGGGGCCUACCUGCGCCACUUCACCCCGGAGCUGCGUGCCCUCUCUAGUCGCUGCGGCCUGGAGGUGCCCCUGUCCAGCCUGGGCCCUGCGGUCAUCAUCUUCCAGGAGACGUCCCGCACUCGCUUGCUGGGCCAGGACAGCAACGUCCCUGGGGAAGCGGAGAUCCUGCUGCAGAAGCGCUUUCAUGACCUGGGCCUUUGCACAGAGGCCUUCAGCUCAGUGCAAUAUGUGGGCACAGUAACCAUCACUCCACCCACUGACUACUCACAGCUGCUGGAGGCCAUCCGGCAGCAAGUGAGGAACACGGCGUCGCGCUCGGCGCGACAGCCCGCCAUCGUCUACAGUGCCCUGAAGGCCCUGAGUGAUAGAUUCUGUGGUGAGAUCUCUGACGAGAAGGUCAGCCUGUACUCCUUCUUCCCCGAUGAAUACUUCACCUGCUCCUCUAUCUGCCUCAGCUGCAGUGCACGCUGCAAGAACGGCAUGAACCACCAGAAGGAUGGUGUCCCCCACAUGGCUGAUGGUCUGUGCCAGUACACCCACCAAUACAACAACAAGGUGCUCAUCUGCAAGCGGUGCUAUGAAGCAGGCAGGGAGAUGAUUGUUGUCCCCAAGACCUCAGCCUCUUCAGACAGCCCCUGGAUUGGCCUAGCCAAGUAUGCGUGGUCAGGGUAUGUGCUGGAGUGCUCCAGCUGUGGGAUCAUCUACCGCAGCCGCCAGUACUGGCUUGGGAACCAAGACCCUGAGAGCAGUGUGGUGCGGCCCGAGGUCAAGCAUGUGUGGCCAGGGUCCGAGGCCUUCCUGACCGACCACCAAAACGCAGCUCAGCGGGUUCUGGACAGCAUGAACUUUGUCAUCCAGUCUGUGUCAGAGUACAGCACUGGCCCCACCAAAGCCGUCGCAGCCUGGCUCACUGACCAGGUGGCUCCACCAUACUGGAGACCCAAUGCUGAGAUCACUGCAUGUCAUGCAUGCAGGAAGCCCUUCGAGGAUACUGAGAGGAAGCACCACUGUCGUUCCUGCGGUGAAGGCUUCUGCCAGGCCUGCUCCACUCGCAGCAUGCCUGUGCCUGAGAGAGGGUGGGGCAGCACCCCGGUCCGAGUCUGUGACGCCUGUCACCGGCAGGGCGGAGCGGUCACUGUCAACCAGGUGACACAGGUGGAGCCACGUGGCCUGAUGGCUCGGAGGGUGACUGAGGUUGCCCAGUCCACCCUGGAGCUGAUGACAACUGCCGUGGACUACCCGCUGGGUUUCGUGAAGGGCGUGGCCAAGCCAGACUACUGGGUCCCUGACCAUGAGAUCCUGCAAUGCCACAACUGCAGGAAGGUCUUCACGCCUAACAUGUCAAAGCACCACUGCCGAGCAUGUGGUCAGGGCGUGUGCGGCCACUGCUCCACGCAGAGCCGUGCCGUGCCCUCUCGCGGCUGGGACCACCCAGUGCGAGUUUGCGACUGCUGCGCCAGCCACAAGGGUAGCCUGUAGCCUGUGGGAUCCACACUCGCAUCUCAUCUUUGCAUCUCGCAACCUGUGCCAAAAACCUACCUUAAAGUCUCAAAUUGCAGUCUCCCUGCUAGCCCCCCAGCUGUCGGUCAGUUCACGGUUUGGUGUGUAUGCAGUUGAAAGACAGCUAAGACAGCUUCAGAAUCAUUCAGCUAGGGCUGUGGGCAUUCUGUACGCAGUGGAGAGACAACCUGUAACUGGAGUCUCCUGCAUGGAGGAAAGGGCACAAGGUGAGGAGGAAAGGUUGAGUAUUCUGAGCCAGAAUGAGAGCCCACUUAUCCUGCACUGGUAGUCCACUGCCUACGGUGUAACUGCAGAAGGAAACCAGAGCUCCUGUGACCAUACUGUCUGUCUGCUCUUUAUUAAUGCUGUUUACUUAAAUGUUUUUAACAGUGUGACCUACAUAACCGUCUGUUCCACUGCAGGCUCUUAUCCCUGUACUGCUAUCAUAGGCAUCAUCUUCGCAUUCAACACACCCGCUAUGCUAACGCAUCUGGAAAGUAAGGAAAGCGACAGCUUCAUGUUCCACUGCGGGGUUCUUCAAACAGGCAGGUGUUAAGCUAAUUGACUUAUAUUCAGAGGUGAUGUGGGACACAGGAUGCGCCAUUUUAAACAGUCUGAUGGCUGCAGGGGAGUUUUUGAGAACGUUUCCUGUUUCUUGUAUUGGGAAAUGAGGAUAUAUUAGAAAUUGUAUCACAAUGUAAUGAACUUAAUGCAAAUUCCAGAGCGUGGUAAAGCAGAGACAGCAUGUCGUAUAUCAGAGUGUAAUACAAACUCAAUAUUUCUCUUGGCUGGGCAUUCCACUUUAUUCUGUGUAAUACCGCUUCAAGUUUUAUUGCCCUUCACUCUUGAAUCCUUGCAUAGUCAGAAUGAUUGAAUGUUUUAAAUUUUGUACAGCUCUCAAUUAUUUCUUGACAUUAAAAAAACACUAUGCAGAUCAUUAAUAGAACAUGAAAAACUCUUCUACCUCCAUGAUGCAUUUUUUUUAUUUCGGUAAUUUAGAACUGUCAGAAAGAAUGCAAAACUAACACCUUCUUCAAACUGAAAAUAAACUGUAGACAGUUGUUUUUAAUUAGUUGUUUAAUUAGGCAUAUUAAUAAAAGAAGAUUCAUAAUCCAAAGUGCUUGACACAUUGUGAGUCACAAGGCACAGUGCAGACCUUGGAAACCACAUUCACACUCGAGUUAUCGGUGAAACUCAUUACAACAGCAAGUUCCUAUAAUAUAUCACAGUUUUAAUUAGGUACUAAAUUAUGAGGGAUUGAAGAUAAUUUGGGACUCAAAAUGCUUUGAAAUACUGUGUUCUUAAAGCAUCAAAAAGGGAUAUUUCUGUGAGAUUAUAGAUUUGCAGAGCAGUUCUUUGACUGGAUGCAUAAGUGUUGUUCUUGUGUGUCAGUUCUAGCUGAUGUUAAAGCAGUGCUGCACUUUUACAGUGUAGGUAUUUUGCACUAGACAAUCUUUUCUAAUAGGUACUCAAUAAAGAAUAUUGAAGCCC